AUGGUGAACUCCGAGUCCGGACCGACCGAGAGGUCUGGUUUGGCUCUGAAAUUCCAGAAUAGCCAUGUUGUGGCUGCAAUCAAUGAAAAUGACGAGUUUGAUGCUUCUACAAGUCAUAGUACUGAUGCGUCAGGACAUACUGGUCAAGAUGACGCGCCUUCCAUCUUGAUGCCAAUACCAAUAUCUGUGUCGCCGCUUCCAUCAUUACAGAUUCGCACCGACUUUCCUAGUCAUCGUCCAACUAGUUCACAUCGUGAUUCGGAUCCUCUUGCUUCACUGAGUGUAUCUUCCGGCAGCUUUCCCCGGCGUACCCCAAGUUUGCGCGCCCUCAUAGCGCCAAACUUUUCCAGCGGAUCUUUAUCCCCAGCCUCCAUAAUUUCAUCGCCUCAACUCAAUGCGAUGGCCGAUAUCACUCCACUACCUUCUCCCAUCGGUGGGGCCUCACCUUGGCGUCGGGGCGAACUUCCCUCGUUAUCGCGCACGUCCUCGACAGCAUCCCGGAGUGGGUCGAGUUUACGACUGAGUGACUCGUCGCAAAUGCUGGGUCCUUCAGUCACAGCUCCUUCCACGUCACGUACUCCGGCGAAACCUUACACGGGUCUGAAUGAACUAGGCGAUGAAUCGCCAAUCGCCAAUCGAAAUCGUCAGGAAUCGCAAUCCAAGCAUGUUCGCAAUCGCAGUCUCAGUGACUAUGCGCCACCCAGUCGCACGUCGCUUCCUCGGCCCAUUGCGGUCUCGGGUACAGGGCCGACCAUUCCUCCGUCAUCUAGUACGGAUUCCAAAUCCACUGGUCUGCAUCGCGAGCAAUAUCUAGCAGUCCACCGGGGUAUUGCAAUCCCUUCUGUUCGCCCGCCAAGUCCACCUCGCAGCGUUGGAAGUGGGUAUGGAGAUAGCGACACAGAACCUGUGAUCCAGCACCCACCUCCUCUUACGUCCGAAGAGAUCUACUCAGUUCGGUCGAUUCGUACCCAGCAAGCUCGUAUGUAUCGCAAACUACGAGUUUUGGGACAAGGAACCUUCAGUCAGGUGAGCCUGGCGGCGCGCAUUGAGCAACCUAUUCAAACGCCUUUGUCUCCCUCCUAUGAUGGUACUGCGAAUAUGGGCCCGCCUAUCGCUACCCAGAAACUUGUGGCUGUCAAGGUUAUCGAGCAUGGCCCUGCGGGUGGUGCUGAUCAGGAACGACUGGAGGUGUCGCUCAAGCGCGAAGUAGACAUUCUGAAGGCCGUGAAUCACCCUUCAUUGGUUCAAUUGAAGGCGUUCGGCAGUGACGAUAAACGAGCUUUGCUUGUCCUGGACUAUUGCCCCGGUGGUGACCUCUUUGAAUUUGCGACCUCGGGGGCUCGACCAUCAUCGCCUAGCCUAAUUCGCCGCAUUUUUGCCGAAUUGAUCAGCGCAGUCCGCUACUUACAUUCGAACUACAUUGUCCAUCGAGAUAUCAAGUUAGAAAAUGUCCUGUUGACUAUGCCUAUCCACGCUCUGGAGGACGUGAAAGAUUGGCGCACCUAUGAUCGAGCAAUUGUCGUUCUAAGUGAUCUUGGAUUAUCACGACGUAUUCCAGAACCUCCUGAGAGCCCAUUACUGCAAACUCGUUGCGGCAGCGAAGACUAUGCAGCCCCUGAGAUCCUCAUGGGUCAGUCUUAUGAUGGUCGUGCGACAGACGCAUGGGCAUUGGGUGUGCUACUGUACGCCAUCAUGGAGAAUCGUCUCCCCUUCGAUGUUCUUCCUGGCACACGCGGCGACCCUGCCAAACUCCGAGCCCGAACUCCUCAUCGUAUCGCACGUGUUGAGUGGAGCUGGUACCGUUAUGCCAACGAAGAUGAAGAGUGGGAUCCUGAGAAGGGUCGCGAUUUAGACGGUGCUCGUGAUUGUGUGGAAGGUCUUCUCAAACGUAACACCCGUCGCAAAACCCUCGAUCAGAUCGCAGCUAUCCCGUGGGUCCGCGAUGCUAUCGAUGUCCCUGAUGGACUGAAACGAGGUGACAAAGAAGUGCCUUAG